AAUGGCAUCCCUCAUGGGCGUAAGAAAGAGAUUGUUGAAUACAUUUUAUCUGCUAGCGAAAAAGGAGCAUGCCCACUUCUUCAAAAGAUGGUUCUAGAACAUGUAGGCAAAUGUGUGAUGAUAUCUUCUGCACUUGAAAAAAUUCUUUGGCGCAUUCAGAGACUCUUUUUUCUUAAUGGUGAACAAGAUCUUUCGGCUUUCUUGCUAGUUGAUCUCGGGCUGAUAAAAUUUCCUAAGUUUACAUGCAAUGUCACACACCAAAUUUUUAAAUCUCGAAAUUGUUUCCUUGAAUAUGAAGAGGCUAUUGAGGUGGCUCAAAUAAUGGAUGAAUCCAUUGAUCAAAGUGAUAUGGAAACGACAGGACGAUGUAUUGAACUAUCUGAAAAUCGCUUGCUCACUAACUUUAGUGAGGAAGCCCUGUAUUCUGUUUCUAGAACCCAGCAACAGUUCUUCUCUUACUUUUCAGCUUCGUGGGUCUACUCAAAAGUGCUAACUUUGGGUGUUUCUGUUUUUGAACGUGAACACAGGUAUGAUGAUGCUACAAGGCUUCUGAGGAAGCUGUUAAAGCGAAUUAUGUGUGACAGCAGGCGCGGAUAUUGGACACUGAGGCUUUCUGUUGACUUGGAACAUCUUGGCUGUUUCAAUGAAAGCCUAUGUGUUGCAGAGAAAGGGGUGGGAGAUCCUUGGAUUCGUGCUGGUUCAAAAAUGGCAUUACAAAGACGAGUUAUACGCUUAGGGAAACCCCCACGGCGAUGGAAAAUGCCCAGCUAUGCUGAUGCUGUUAUGCAGAAAAUUAAAGAAGUUGCAAUUGUAGGAAGGCCUCUGAGUAAUGAAACUAUGGCAAAGAGCCUAUUCUAUGGCUAUGAUGAUGAGCUUUGUGGAGUUGAACAACUUGCCCUACAGUAUUAUGCUGAGGAGGGGGGUGGAUGGGUUGGGAUCCAUUCUGAAAGUGGCAUCUGGAUGACUAUCUUUGGACUGCUCAUGUGGGAUGUCAUUUUUUCUGAUGUGCCAAAUGUCUUUCAGUCUAUUUUUCAGGUAGCUCCACUAGACCUCCUUACAGAUGAUUUCUAUGUGAUGAGAAAGAGCUCAAUAGAGUCUCAACUACGAAGGAUCCAUGAAGGCAUGGCUGAAGAGAUGCUGAUCACUUCAUGGCAAUUGCACCAGGGAACGGCUUGCCAUGGUGUCCACUGGGAUAGAUUCUCACUCUCUGAUCUGCGAGCCGCAGUUUCAUGCAUUGGAAGUCAUUGUCUUGCUUCCCUUUGCAGGAUUCUAGCAAUGGAUUACCGAAGUUGGUCGAGCGGCAUGCCAGACCUCCUGCUCUGGCGCUUUCAUGGAGGAGAUGCAGAUGGAGGUGAAGCCAAGCUGGUCGAGGUGAAAGGCCCAAGAGAUAGGUUGUCCGAACAACAAAGGGCUUGGAUUCUGACUCUCAUGGAGUGUGGGUUCAACACUGAGGUGUGCAAAGUGACCCCUUCUCCAAAAGCAUGAUAAUGCAUGAGUCAAAACUUUUACUGUGUUGGUAUUAUUUUUCAUUUUCGAUUUUGAAUUUAAAAUUUAGAAGGUAUAAUGGUGUGUAUUAAAUUUAUUUUUGAACAUGAGAGGCAUGUAGAAAACAUUUAUUAAGAAUGUGGGGGAUU